AUGUCUGUGGACGUCCCGGGCCAAAGCUCUGAUGCACAAGUCCUCAUUAAUGAGGCGAGGACACUGGUGUCUCAGUUAUAUGAUCCAGCAAAUACCGGCAACCCCGCCAAGAUCAAAGCUAUCCAGGAGCAUCUGCAGAUUCUCCAGAAAGGCCCCCAGGCAUGGCUCAUUGCUAAUAAUCUCCUCAGUGAUGAGAGUACUGACUUGAGGUUCUUUGGAGCCCUAACGUUUACAGUCAAGAUUAACCAGGAUUGGCAACAGUUAAAUGAAGAUGAGGCUCGAGAGCUUCUUGGGCGACUGAUUGACCACUAUGUUCUCUUAGUAAAUGGGGGAGAGCGCCCUCUAGUGGUACGCAAGUUGGCUUCCAGUCUAGCAACCAUCUUCCUAAAGCCGAAUGCUCCCUGGAAUCAUGCUAUUUGGAACCUGGCGGCUUCUUUGGCAAAUGGAAAGCAUCUCUCUGAGGAGCAGUGUCAGUCUUUUGACCUGCAAGGUGCUGUUCUUCCUGCCAUGUCCGAAAGGCAGGUGGUCAGCUUAUUAUACUUCUCUAACAUACUGGCGGAGGAAAUCAAUAGAUGGAGUCCGGAGUCACGGCGAAAUCGGGAUAGUAACCGGGCAUCUGAAAAUAUCAAGCAUGCUUUUCUUCUAGUUGAGUUCGUCCUCCGUCAUAUGCUGCAGCAAGAAUCUUCCGGUCACUCUAUAUCUGAUGGCGCUCCAGGCGUCGAGGCCAUCAACUCCUACCAAUCGUGGGCCUUGGUCCGUAAUGCACUCCAACUCCGCGACACGAUACGCGCCACUCAGCUUGCUCCUGCCACCGACUAUGUGAUCCAAAGUUUGAAAGUUCCCAGCUUAUCUAAGACUGCAAUGCAGGUCCUGGUUGAAUUAAUAGAUUGGCGAGACAGUAUAUUUAGCCAGGAGCAUGUCUACUCUAUAUUGGAAUAUAUCAUCAGUGAUCCUGGCACGGCCCAUAUCGCUUCCAUAAUGGAUGCCGAUUUUGAAGAUGAGAAUAUGACAUUCUUGGAACUUCUAUUAGCGUACGCAGCACUCAAACAAAGGGAGCUUCUGAUUCAGCCCUUGAAUCCUGAUCAUGAGAAAGUUCUGGCCCUUCUCCACACACUCUUCAAAGCCCCUGGAUAUGCAGCAGUGGACGAUUCAGCAUCGCCGUUGGUCCUUGAGUGGUGGACUGAAGUUGCAGAUGAUCUCCAAGAGAUAUACUUGGAUAGAGAAGAGAAAGAAGGGCUUGAUCCCGCUAAACACAAUCUUGCCCGUGCAGCUAUGGAUUGCUUUGAGAAACUCAAAUACCCGAGUCCAGAGGAGCUACAAGAAUGGGGCGAUGAUGAUCGCAGUGAGUUUGGCGCUUUUCGCCGCGACGUUUGCGAUUUCCUCCUAGCAAUCUAUCCUAUGUUAGGAGUUGAGUUAGUUCAAGUGUUCCAGGAACGAGCAAAAUCAUCUUUAGUGCAGCAAGACUGGAGAACAUUCGAGGCCGCAAUAUUUUGCAUGGCUCAACUUUCGGAAGCUGUUGACGAAAACCAGCAUGCAGAUGAAUGUUUAAACGCAAUAUUCUUUUGCGAUGAGUUUGCUCGGUUAUGCACAGGGGAUAUUGCAACGAUUCCAGACAAACCUCGGCAGACACUGGUGGACAUGCUUGGACAAUAUCAGUCAUACUUUGAACGCACACAUGCCUUACUUCCUCGCGUACUCACGUUCCUUUUCGCCUCACUGGACGUUGCAUCAUGUGCUUCUGUAGCAUCCAAAUCUAUAUCGCAUCUUUGCAAAUCAUGUCGCAAUGCUCUAACAUUCGAGCUUCCAGCGUUCAUGGACCAGUUUGAGCGUUUUCGCUUCAAGCCUACAGCCACGGCUUCCACCAUGGAGAAAGUUCUAGAGGGAAUCGCUGCUAUUAUACAAACUUUACCUACUGAUAACGAGAAAGCUCAGUUCCUAGAGCGAAUACUCAAAUUCUUCCAGGAGCAGGCAGAGCUGGCACGAGAUGAAGCCUCUCGCGGGUUAGUGGAGCCUGCUCGCUGUCGCGGCCAGUUAGUUCUCCGCUGCGUUGCAAGUAUUGGAAAGGGGCUCAGAACAGAUGGUGAAAUCUGCAUGCAGCUUCUUAUGACCGACUUUCCUUUAGACGUGACCAUCAUCGAAGCAGCAUGCGACAUACUGAAGGCUGGUUUUACCGAGAACAGUGGCCCCUAUGUCUUUCCACCAACGGUGACAGUCAAUUUCGUGAAAAGUAUACCGUUAGGGAGUGCCGGCACAGAUAUGGUUAUGGGUACGGCCUCAGCGUUCUUGGCCUCUCACAGUGCACAUCCACAACGUAUCCGUGAAGAGACUGUUGCCCUGAUUGUCCAUGUAUAUGAGACAUUUUGCUGGAUGCACGAGAAGCCAGAGUUCUACGACCCCGAGGUUGCAAACAGCGGCAUCGACUUCCUCACUCGCCUGCUCCCCAAGUAUUACCCUUUUCUUUUCACUCUUACUGCUGUACCUCAGGAGUCCAACCAGCCAGUAACUGGUCAUGUUGAUGGCGCCCCUCAGCGUCCACCAGUACUCCAAGCGAUUCUCAACUUUACACUCCUUUCCUUGCAAGGCCCGGAGCCACUCCCCCUUCGCUCUGCCUCCCAAUUCUGGGUAGGCGUGCUGAAUCUUCCUAACGAGGAAGAAGCUGUACAAAGAGCGCUCAGAGACAGUAUUCCAGCUCUGUGCCGCAUACUGGCAUCUCAGGUCGCCGGGCGAUGUGCCCGCUCCGACCUUGAACAUCUCUGUGAGGUGCUCAGAAGGCUCAUCUUCAAACAGCAAGGACUAGCUCGCCCGCAUCUCGCUAGCACACUAGCGGAUGUAUGUAAUGAUCAAACAAAUCACAACCAGAGUCCUGCUGUGUCACCCGAGGAGAGACAGCGCUUUCUUGCGUCGCUGUUAGUUGCCAGGGGCGCAAAAGCCCAGACGAGCCAACUGACGCGUUCCUUCUGGGUGAAAUGCCGUGGAUCUGGUUUCGAUUAUAUUGGGUAG